AUGGGAGUGAUCAAGUCAUGUCGAGGUGCUGAAAAAUAUUCCUCAGUUUCAGAAGAAGAUGUUGCUGAAGUUACUUCGGUACAACCGCAAAUCGAAAUAAACUGCAGAGCUCACCAUUGCGAUCGCUUCUCUGGUUCAAGACACGGUAAUCUUAUCGUUCGUCGAGGUCAAGCGUUCCAGCUGAAGUUUCAGCUCACGUCACAAUUCCGCAUUGAUUUUGAUCAAAUACAACUCGUCUUCAGCUAUUCAGGAAGUCGCUUCAUCUCAGGACAAGAUGGAAUCGAAAAAGUCGACGUUUCGAGCCGAGCUCUACCGAGGACGAGCAAGGACAGCUGGAGCGCCCAUAUAAUUGAGAUUCAUCGGAGAGCCGUCGAAGUCGAGGUGACGCCAUCAGUGAAAGCCGCAGUCGGCGAAUGGAAACUCUCGGUUAUUACCCAGGUAGCAAGGAGCAAUAACUUCGUUGGGAAAUCCUUUGCGUAUAAUGGACCGAUCUUCAUUCUCUUCAACCCCUGGGAACCAAGGGAUGAAGUUUAUCUACCGAGCUCCAAAGACCGAGAAGAAUACGUCUUGGCAGACACUGGAAUCAUAUAUUCUGGUCGUAAGGAUCGCAUAAGCGAAUUGGCCUGGGUCUUCGGUCAACAUGAACGGGAUGUCUUGCAGAUUGUCUGUUAUGCAUUGCGAGAAAUCGCCGACCUCGACGAGGCCGGCAUGGCUGAUCCGGUCCGGGUGAGCCGGGCCAUAUCAAGCAUCAUCAAUGGUCACCGCAAUAAGGAUGGAAUCAUUGAGGGGAAUUGGUCAGAGAAAUUCCAUGAUCGGCCGGACAGUCGAUCACCUUGGGAAUGGUCCUCCUCAGUCGAGAUACUGCAACUCUUCUAUCGGAAGCGCGCUGUUGUUCGCUACGGUCAAUGUUUCGUCUUUGCUGGAGUCUGCAACACCAUGUGUAGAGCGUUGGGUCUGCCUUCGAGAUGUGUGACGAAUUACCGGUCGGCCCAUGAUGUCCACAAGAACCUCGUUCUGGAUUACUUGGUUGACGAGAGAGACAAAAUGGUCUCGGAGAAGCGGAACGACAGCAUUUGGUCCUUCCACGUAUGGAAUGAGGUUUGGAUGAAACGGAGCGAUCUGAAUGUUCCGGGAGAUUUCGACGGCUGGCAGGUGAUCGAUGCAACUCCUCAAGAAAUCUCCAGUGGGGAAUACAGGGUCGGUCCUGCAAGCGUGAAAGCUAUUCGUCGAGGUGAGAUCGACGUGAAGUACGAUGGAGUUUUCGUCCUAUCUGAAGUGAAUGCCGAUGUUGUGUACUUCCGCAAGACAGCCUCGGGUUUCAAGAAGGAAAUCAAACGACUCAUUGAUGACGUCGGCUUCAUUAUCAGUACAAAGGGAGUUCUAACCAAUGACCGAGUCGAUGUCACGAAUUCAUAUAAACCGCGAGAAGGGACAGCCGAGGAACGUCAGGUGUAUCAGCGUGCGCUGAGACGAGUGAAUUCGCGUCUGCCUCGCUUCUCGCGAGCAGCAGGCGGAGGAGAGAUCCCUCGAAAUGUGAAAUUUGAGCUUAAGAAACCAAGCGACCACAAAAUGGGUGAUUCGAUGCAGUUUUAUGGCACUGCUAAAAAUUUAUCAUUCGAUCAUCGCUUCAACGUGCGCGUCAUAUUCAAAAUAACUUCUCGUACGUACGCGGGAACCCACGAAAGAAUCGUCAAGAUUGUCGAGUACAACGAGGAGCUGGAACCUCGAGACGCCAUGGAACUCGAUGUUGUCGUGGGAUACCCCGAGUACGCUGCGGCUCUGAGGGAAGGCGAACAAUUCACAGUCGAAAUGCAAGGUCUUGUCCGAGAUGAAGAUGACGACUUUGUCUCAACGGAAGAAGUUUCAUUGACAGCACCCAGCAUUUAUAUAGUGUGUGAUCCGAAUCAGAAAGUCGGAAGGUCAUUCGACUUGAAAUUAUCGUUGAAAAAUCCCCUGCCUGUCGCUUUGACGGACGCCGAAUUCCUUCUCGAAGCGCCGGGCAUAACGAAACAAGUUCGACUCAAAGUUCUCCGCGCACCGAGGGCCGGUGAACACUUCUCGGUUGACACUCGGCUGACUCCUAAAGGAUUCGGCAAGAGGAACCUCGUGGUCGCCUUCAACUGUAAUGAGCUCCAUCAAAUAUCAUCGUUGAAACAGAUAUAUGUUAUACCUUGA